AUGCCACUGUUGAAAACCUGCCCACCAGUGUCAGCUGGCCUGCCCACCGGUGUCAGCUGGCCUGCCCACCGGUGUCAGCUGGCCUGCCCACCGGUGUCAGCUGGCCUGCCCACCAGUGUCAGCUGGCCUGCCCACCAGUGUCAGCUGGCCUGCCCACCGGUGUCAGCUGGCCUGCCCACCAGUGUCAGCUGGCCUGCCCACCAGUGUCAGCUGGCCUGCCCACCAGUGUCAGCUGGCCUGCCCACCAGUGUCAGCUGGCCUGCCCACCGGUGUCAGCUGGCCUGCCCACCAGUGUCAGCUGGCCUGCCCACCAGUGUCAGCUGGGCUGCCCACCAGUGUCAGCUGGCCUGCCCACCGGUGUCAGCUGGCCUGCCCACCAGUGUCAGCUGGCCUGCCCACCAGUGUCAGCUGGCCUGCCCACCAGUGUCAGCUGGCCUGCCCACCGGUGUCAGCAGGGCUGCCCACCAGUGUCAGCUGGCCUGCCCACCGGUGUCAGCUGGGCUGCCCACCGGUGUCAGCUGGCCUGCCCACCGGUGUCAGCUGGCCUGCCCACCGGUGUCAGCAGGGCUGCCCACCGGUGUCAGCUGGGCUGCCCACCGGUGUCAGCUGGGCUGCCCACCGGUGUCAGCUGGGCUGCCCACCGGUGUCAGCUGGGCUGCCCACCGGUGUCAGCUGGCCUGCCCACCGGUGUCAGCUGGCCUGCCCACCGGUGUCAGCAGGGCUGCCCACCGGUGUCAGCUGGGCUGCCCACCGGUGUCAGCUGGCCUGCCUACCGGUGUCAGCAGGGCUGCCCACCGGUGUCAGCUGGGCUGCCCACCGGUGUCAGCUGGCCUGCCCACCGGUGUCAGCAGGGCUGCCCACCGGUGUCAGCUGGCCUGCCCACCGGUGUCAGCUGGGCUGCCCACCGGUGUCAGGAGCGCUCCCUGA